AUGUCUCGGGACCCCGAGGAGGUGAACAAGCUGACGGAGAGCACUUACAAAAAUGUUAUGGAACAGUUCAAUCCAGGACUGAGGAAUUUAAUAAAUCUGGGGAAGAAUUAUGAAAAAGCUGUUAAUGCUAUGGUAGUGGCUGGAAGAGCAUAUUAUGAUAGCCUUGCAAAGAUUGGGGAUAUAUCAGCUGAUUCUCCAGUUUCUAAAGAAUUAGGCCAAGUUCUCAUAGAAAUUUCAAGAACACACAAGAAACUUAAUGACAGUCUAGAAGAGAGUUUCAAAAAAUUUCAUAAAGAAAUUAUAUCUGAACUGGAGAAGAAAACAGACCUGGAUGUAAAAUAUAUGACUGCAACUUUAAAGAGGUACCAAACUGAACACAGAAGCAAAUUAGAUUCUUUAGAGAAGUCUCAGGCUGAGCUGAAAAAAAUCAGAAGGAAAAGCCAAGGAGCACGAAAUGUAAUGAAAUAUGAGCAUAAAGAAAUGGAGUAUUUGGAAACCGUGAGCUCUCGACAGAGUGAUAUUCAGAGAUUUAUUGCAGAAGGCUGCAGAGAAGCUCUUCUCGAAGAAAAAAGAAGAUUCUGUUUUCUGGUUGACAAGCACUGCAGCUUUACCCAGCACAUGCACUUCUAUCACAUUCAGUGUGCGGACUUCCUAAAAUCCAAGCUGCCUGGGUGGCAGGAAAUCUGUAGCGAUGCCACCAAAGUGCCUGAAAAAGUUAGAAUGAUGAUAGACGAAAUAAGGACACCUGGUUCCACGCCAGUAUCAGGAACUCCACAGCCUUCACCAAUGAUAGAGAGAAAUACCAUGAUUGGAAAUGAUUUUUAUCCUCAUCAUGAAAAUACAUCAAAGGUGCCCCCUGCUCCUACAGGUAGGGCAUACACCAGUCCACUGGUUGAUAUGUUUAACAAUCCUGCAGCAGUUCCAAAGACACCUACCGAAAAACUAAAUAAUUCAGCAGAGAAUUCAGAUGAUGCCAGUUUAUCACGUUCAACUUCUGUUGCCACGGGACUAAAUAUAAUGAAAAGGCAAAAAGUGAAGACAAUCUUCCCACAUACUGCUGGAACUAACAAGACGUUGCUUAGCUUUGCACAGGGGGAUAUCAUCACACUUCUUGUAGCUGAAGAAAAGGACGGCUGGCUUUACGGGGAACAUGACUCAACUAAAGUAAAAGGAUGGUUUCCAUCAUCAUAUACUAGACCACUAGAAGAACCAGCAGAAGAAAAAGCAUUUGUCCCAGUGCCAAGCCCUGCACCAAUCCGAAGUAUUAGUUCUGUAAAUCUUGUGGAAAAAGGUGAUGUUGUCCUCCCACCGCCAGACUAUCUGGGGUCUUUGCAAACAGAUAAAAGAAUGGAGUCUUCCAAAGGUACUACUGUUAAAACACCAACCGACAGACCAGAAAAUGCAGGUCCGAAACCUGAUAUGAAUGGCAUUAUGAAACCACCUUUUCUAAGUGGAGAAAAUCCUUUCGCAACUGUGAAACUCAGACCAACAGUAACAAAUGACAGAUCAGCACCAAUUAUUCGAUGAAUAUACAGUCCAUCCACAUGCA